CAAAAAUCGAAUCAGAUGUGGAAUACACAGGGAAUUUGGGGUUUUGUCAACCUCAACUCUCUGUGCUAUGAGGAGAUAGGGUAACAGCAUUAGUAGUACUGUGCAGUAUAAAGGGGUCUUUCUUCAUUGAAAGCGGGGGCAGAGUUUCCUGCUUUUAAGGUCUCGGCCGUCCUUGAGUACCGCACUGCCUUUUUUCAUCUCUGAGGAAAUUGGUGGCGCAUUUAGGUGAACAGAGGAAAGGAAAGGGGUAGGCAGAACAAGAGAUUUCGCUGGAGAUUUUGUCGAAAUUAUUAUUUCAGCGCAUUUAAAGCUCCCCUGCCAAAUCUUUGAACCCAGAAUUCUUAAAACUCUGCUUUUCCAUCUUUAUUUGUGUACUCACACUUCUGCCGUUCUCAACAUAAACAGGGGUUUUCAGAUCUACUAGGAUUUAGACGUGAGGAAACCAAGACAAUGUUGCCACAGAAGCAAGCAGAGGAAGCAAUAGUCUCCAACUUCAGCGAGGCAGAACAUGAACCCAAGGAGGAUGCGGAGAAGGGAGAAGAACAAAGUUCAAUGUUCAGUGUCAAGAGCCUGCUCUGGCACGGCGGUUCCGUCUGGGACGCCUGGUUCAGCUGCGCCUCCAAUCAGGUGGCGCAAGUGCUCUUAACACUCCCCUACUCUUUUUCCCAGUUGGGUAUGCUCUCCGGAAUUCUCCUCCAGGUCUUCUAUGGCUUAAUGGGAAGCUGGACUGCCUACCUCAUCAGUGUGCUCUAUAUUGAGUACAGAAGCCGCAAAGAGAAGGAAAACGUCAGCUUCAAGAACCAUGUGAUUCAGUGGUUUGAAGUACUUGAUGGAUUGCUGGGUCCAUAUUGGAAGGCAAUUGGUUUAGCCUUCAACUGUACUUUCCUCUUAUUCGGAUCUGUUAUCCAACUUAUUGCUUGUGCAAGUAACAUUUACUAUAUCAACGAUCAUUUGGACAAGAGAACAUGGACCUAUAUUUUUGGAGCCUGCUGCGCCACAACAGUGUUCAUACCCUCCUUCCACAACUACCGGAUUUGGUCUUUCCUUGGCCUUGGGAUGACCACUUAUACGGCGUGGUACAUGGCCAUCGCCGCCCUGAUCCACGGCCAGGCUGAGGGCGUCACCCACAGCGGCCCGACGAAGCUGGUGUUGUACUUCACCGGAGCCACCAAUAUCCUCUACACCUUCGGUGGCCACGCGGUCACUGUGGAAAUUAUGCAUGCCAUGUGGAAACCCCAGAAAUUCAAGUACAUUUACCUGCUGGCCACAUUGUACGUUUUUACCUUGACGAUCCCCUCCGCCGCUUCCGUUUACUGGGCCUUCGGAGACGAGCUGCUCAACCACUCCAACGCUUUCUCCCUCCUCCCCAAGACCGGAUUCCGCGACGCCGCUGUCAUCUUAAUGCUCAUCCACCAGUUUAUUACGUUUGGGUUCGCGUGUACUCCAUUAUACUUCGUGUGGGAAAAGGUGAUCGGAAUGCACGACACCAAGAGCAUAUGUUUAAGGGCAUUAGCCAGACUGCCCGUAGUAAUUCCAAUCUGGUUUUUAGCCAUAAUAUUCCCGUUCUUUGGACCCAUCAACUCCGCCGUCGGCGCCCUUCUAGUUAGCUUCACCGUCUACAUCAUCCCCGCCAUGGCCCAUAUGCUCACUUACAGAAAAGCCUCCGCUCGCCAGAAUGCUGCUGAGAAGCCACCGUUCUUCAUGCCAAGCUGGACAGCAAUGUACGUGUUUAACACCUUUGUGGUGGUGUGGGUUUUCGUGGUCGGAUUUGGCUUUGGAGGAUGGGCCAGCAUGACCAACUUCAUCAAGCAAAUUGACACGUUCGGGCUGUUUGCUAAGUGCUAUCAGUGCAAGCCUCCAACACCACCUGCCGGAGCACUGGCGGCGGCACCCCAUUGAAGCGACGGACAUCCUACUUAGAGAAGAACAGAAAACCAAGUGUCUCUGUAUCAUUCAUGGGGAGAGAUAGUAAUAUUUCCCCUACAUGCGAUGUGUGCUGGAUUUUGCCUUCUUUUUUUUUUUUUUUUUUUUUUUUUGGGGUUUAUUUAAUUUAGUUGAUAAAAUAGUAUGUUUGAAUUUGUUAUGAUUCCUUUGUUCUCAAAACACAGGCCUAAUUAAAUUAGAUAAUAUAGU